GCUGUGAUUCAGUCUAAUCGAUAACUGCGUCAUAGUGUUGUGGCAUCUACCGUACCUACAGCCAAUUUUAUUUGUUUAUUCCCAUGUUAUAGAAUUAUGCUAGUGUAUAUACCAUAACUUAUUUAUUAUGAAUUCAUAUAUAAUUCAUCUACUCAUGAGGUAACCAAGAAAGGCUUGAUGUUUGACCAUAAAUAUUAAGUAAAAUUUUAGUUCCUGAAAACAUCUCUGUUUACAGUCUCAUCCUCAUUCAUAUCAUCCUAGAGUAGAGAAGCGAAGACCUGGAAUAUUGAAAACGAGUGAUUGAAUGGGACGAAUAUGAGGCCAUGAGGGUGGACACGCUGGUGAUACUUGUGCUUGGGGUGUGUAUGGGGGGAGCCUUGGUGGUUGAUGAGCAUUCGCCCCAGGGACAUGCCACACCUCCAUCAACACUCAACACCCCCACCACCAGGACACCUCUCCAGUCACCUCAAGUUACAACCUCUGUUAGUGUUGGUGAACCAGACGAUGACUCGACCAACAAGGACACGCCAAUACUCAGAUCAACUCCUACUAUCAGGAAGACUCAAAGGCCUGCCCGCCCACCGCCCACUUCACCAGCACCGCCUACCCAACUGUCCCUUCCUGUACCGUCACUUCCAUCUCAAUACGAACUAUUGGUAGAGGUGAUCGACGUUCCCAAUAAUGAAAGCUUCACCGUGAGGGAGCGCCAACGAGACAGCUGGGCGAGCCAUACCAUCACGGCUGACAAACUUAAUGUUUCCUGUGUGUACAGCAUUGACAAUGCAGAGGGCUUCUUGCUGGAGGGUGUGAAGUGUAGACGCUAUCAAGCUCUGCCCCAAAAUUGCUUCUGUAACAAUCGCUUCUGCCGGCCGUACGUUGCGCUGGGCACAGUCCUUGAUCAUCUUAGUACAAUGAAGGCCAAUUCUUCACAGGAGUGGAUUGGAGGCACAGAUGGAAAGGAAAUGGUCAUGUGGCAGUCAAGAGAGCAGGACAUGGUUGUGGAAGCUUUCUACACCCGCACUGCUGUAGGUCUUCUAGCACCUCUGUCCUUCACUGUGAAGGGAGCAGGUCGGGUGUUCAACUUGCCUCGUGGACCUUUAUCGUUACAAUACCAGGUUAAGUCGUGGGCUUUGGUCACUGACCCGGCCCACACUCUGGUCAACACUGCACCUGGCUUGUUCUGCCCUGCCUUUAAGAGGAAGUUCCUGCCCAAACUUUCUAACCAGUUUUCCCUGACAAUGGAGACAGUGAUAGAGAACCUGGGAACUAUUGCUUAUGAGUCACAGUAUUAUGAGUCUGAGGAGAAGCUGGUGUCGUUCACAUAUCUACCACACCUACAUGCAGAUGGCAUGUUUCUCCUCAGCAUCCCAGGGCUUACAGACUUCACCACUGAAACUUACAGAGUUAUCCAUGACUUCAAGACAGGUAUACAGUACAUGAUCAACGAGAAGACCAGCAACUGCACCAUCCAGGGUAUACCAGUGUCAGCCCUGGAUGCUGCCCCCACAGAAAAUCAGCACAUCCGUCUUCGUCAUGCUUCAGAGCUCAUCUUCAUAGACCCCAAAAUGUAUCUCUACAAAGGCACGAGGCGAGUGAGGGGAAUCUUGUGUGACGUGUGGGUGGCAGAGCGGGGCACUAGGAAGGGUCGCUACACUACUGCUGAGCUCUACUUUUCUCACGAGAACUGGACUGUUGAGGUAGAAGUUUUCAACAAGGUUCGCCAGGUGCCCAUUGGUAUCUCCUCCUAUAUGGCUGAUAAUGAUAACCCAAGCCACUGGUCCUCUGUAGUUCACACAUUCUUCUAUGAAUACAGAGAUGGCCACCCUUCAUGGCAUCAGUUUGACAUCUCCCCCUGCCUCAACCGCAUCAACCGGCUCUUCCUGAAGUUCACGCUAGAGGUCUCCUAUAGUGAACUUGUUCACUAUAAUUUAGAAGCCGCAAAAAAUUCGAUCAGGAGAGCGAUGGCUGGUAUUGCUGGAGUCUCCCCCUUGAGGGUCACUGAUCUGUUUCUGAGCAGUCGCCAAGCCCCAGGAGAAGUGGACGUUUGGUUUGUGCUGCUUGAGAAACCUGAUGUGACCGGACCCGUCCUGACUCCCCGCCCACAACUCAUGAUGGCUGAUGCUUAUCAACUGUUGCAUGACAUUACCCAGAAGCACAAUGUAUCCAUAAAACUUGAUCUGUCUCCCAAGAAGAAACUUUUUGUGGUAAUCAAAAGUGGAUCUCUUGAGACAACAACUGAGGCACUGCAUCCCCAUAUGAGGCAUAAGUCAAUGCGUUACCUCAAGGCUGGCUAUACUGCAGGCAGCAUGGCUGGCCUAGGUUUCUCCAUGGCCAUCCUAGGAACUUGUGUAGGUAUAUUCGUAGGAUUCCUGUUGUGGAAACGCCAUUCAUCAGUUCCCUACCAGGUGACAGACUGACGGCGAGGAUUCGUCGACCUGGACGGGCCCAGCAUUCUUGCAUGAACCGUUAAUGCAGGUGAAGGUAAUGACGGUAUCGUAAGGAUGAUGUAAAAGUUUGUAUUAAA